UUUUUAGUGUAAUACAACUUCCCUUCUGCAGCUUUGAAAUAUGUAAUGCAGUCAGUCUUGUCCUUUUGUUUUAAAAUUGAAAGGGAGGGAGAAAAAAAUCUUAACACCUAUGAUUACGGGCGGCGUGUGUAGCUUAGUAACAGACUCACAAACAGAAAUGUCCUAGAACUUGGCUUUGGUCAUAUGCUGACUGCUCAAUAUUCUCAUUACAGAUGAGUCUGUACAAAAAGCCUCGAGUACUCUUGAUCAGCACAUAAAUGGGCAGUCUGGAAAUGCCAAAGGUCUGAUGUAUACCAGCUUCAAGCACAGUUACCUGUGCUUGGAGUUAGUGAUUAUGUCUUGUGAAGCACAGGAUAGAUACCUACAUGCCUUACAUCUCUUGUGAGACACUGAAUAUCAUGUGAAAACUUGUUAAGAAAACGUGUGUUUGUUGAAGCUGCCACUGGAUUUCUCAAGGAGAGCUGAGAGUCUUUGUUACACCUGAUGAGCUAAGUUCAAGAACUCAAAGGAGUUUCUGUGAAGCUGUUAACAUGAAAUACUGCAGCAUUUUCCUACAGUGUCAUCAACUGUAAUAGGGAAGUCAGGACACAAAUUAGUAGAGAGGAAGAAGAUCUCUGCAGGUGACUUUGUGUAUUUUCUGCUUUAAAAACUGUAGUCAAUGUAAAAAUCCAAAUAUAUGCUCUUAAAGGGCUUUCAGAUGUCAGUCCUUUCACUUAGAACAGUUCUUUGUACAUCACUUAAAUAAAUACGAUGCCAGUAUUUAUGUGGUCAGCUGGUAAUGAAGCUCCUACACAAAUGCAUGAAAUGAGUGAUUCUCUUGGCUGGCAGCCUGUAAACUCUGGUACACUUACUGAGAUGGCUAGCAGGCCUUCUGAAAACUCCUUAUGAACCUCUGCUGCCAGAAGUGAUCUUAUGAGGUGGUCUGGCUCUUGUCUUUAGACUUGUCCCUUUGCUGCCCCGUUUAGGUGGUUGGGUCAAGGUUCUCACAGCUGCUUUUAGAUGUGCUGGAGAUGAGACACUUAACCAGAGCUGCUGCGAGGCCUCCUCGGUGUGAUUAGUGUGGUUUUCUCCACAGUUGGGAGCAGUAAGAAAUAGAAAGUUAUUCACUUAAUACAGUUAGUGUAAGGCAUAUCUUAUUAUUACAGGAAUCACUUGAUAACUACCUGAAUUAUAUGGGUGAGCAUAAUGUAUGAACGUGCCUCGGCCGCUUCUAGGUGAUGUCUGCUAGAUGAGCUUGGUGGAAAAGAAAAUCUGUGCACACUUGGCUCAGUUUAAAAGUAAAUGUUUUUUUCCAUUGCAGAGUGGAUUGUAGACUAAAGUGGUUUUUCAGAGUUAUUCUGGUUUGGCUACGGAAUAGUUGCAGUUUUGUGUAGAUAAUUUACAGAAUUCACUGAGAGUGAGAUAAAUAUUUCUCGCACAGCAAGAUGCAUCUGUGUCGAAUACCUGAGGGUCGUGGUUUCUUUUGGUCCCAUAAUCUGCAGUUUUGCUGUAGUGACCUGGUUGUGCCUGAGCAAAGUAGCUCUUCCCAGGUGUGCUGGUUUGGUUUGGCGGGAUUUUUGGUAGCGGGGAAGGGGCCCCGGGGGUGGCUCUGGUGAGGAGCUGAGCUCUCCCUGCAGAGAGCGGCCCUUGGAGGGGCAACAGAUGCGCCUCGGCCAUUAACAUACGAAAGAACUGAGAGUAGACCUGAGCAGAGCAGCACUUAAGAGAAAAAGAGCUGAGCUGAAGAGGUGAAAGGCAGUGCUGGGGUGAAGAUCCCGGCGGUUUAUGAGGAAGAAGAAGGUGCCCAAGCAGAAGUUUCCCUGCAGCCCAUGGCGGGAUGGCAGCUGUCCUCCUCAUGGAGGAACGUGGCGGAACAUUCCCUGAAGGCGCCAGGAGGGGAGAAUUUGGCCAGUGGGCUUGGAUUUUGUGGACAGUGGACUCAUUUGCUGCCUGAGGACUCUGAUGAUGCAGCUGUGGAAGCCCCCGCGCCAGGCGCCGGGAAUGUUCCCGAACAGCUCGUGACCCUGUGAGGAGCCCGCGCUGGAGCAGCCCCUGAGGGGGCUGCUGCACCUCCUGAGGGGGCUGCUGCACCUCCUGGGAAGCACUCAUGGAGGAGACGUUCAUGGAGGACUCUCUCCCAUGGUCGGGACCCUGUGAGGACUGUGAGGAAUCCUUUUCCCUGAGAAGGAAGAAGCCGCAGCAUUCCAUGUGGAACCAAGGGAGCCUGAAGGAGGCUGUGAGAGCUAGUGGAAUGAUUCCCUGUGUAGCUGAAACUAUGUUAGCUGACUGCCGCUAAUGGCAUGGUGAGAUGUGUUGAAGAGCAGCCGUGCGGGUGUUGGACAGGAAGGGGACCACUCUGGGAGCUGGGCUUGCAACAUCAUGGGCCAGUGUGUCACAAAGUGCAAGAAUCCUUCUUCUACCCUGGGCAGCAAAAAUGGGGAAUCUGGCAGCAAAUCUCAUAGUAAGAGAAGUGCAGUCCACAAAGAUGACCAUGGUUCAGCUUGCGGGAAGUCUUCGGGGGAUAUACUGGUGAACGGGACAAAGAAAACUGAUGCUGCUGUAGAGUCUAGUCAGCCCCCAACAUUUUCUGGUGAUACAAAGAAAGACCCUGUUUCCAACACAGAAGAAUCUUCGCUCCAAAGGAUUGAGGAGUUAUUUAGGAGGUAUAAGGAUGAACGGGAAGAUGCCAUCCUGGAAGAAGGAAUGGAACGAUUUUGCAAUGACCUCUGUGUUGAUCCCACUGAAUUUAAAGUGCUAGUUUUGGCUUGGAAAUUCCAGGCUGCUACCAUGUGCAAAUUUACAAGGAAGGAGUUUUUUGAAGGCUGCAAAGCAAUAAAUGCAGACAGCAUUGACAGCAUCUGUGCAAGGUUCUCCAGCCUCCUCAACGAAGCCAAGCAGGAAGAUAAAUUCAAGGAUCUCUAUCGUUUCACCUUCCAGUUCGGCCUGGACUCUGAGGAAGGACAGAGGUCACUACAUCGGGAAAUAGCCAUUGCCCUUUGGAAAUUAGUCUUCACCCAAAACAAGCCCCCAAUUUUGGACCAGUGGUUACACUUCCUCACUGAGAACCCCUCAGGAAUCAAGGGAAUCUCCCGGGACACGUGGAACAUGUUUCUAAAUUUUACUCAGGUGAUUGGACCGGACCUUAGCAACUACAGUGAGGACGAGGCCUGGCCGAGUCUCUUCGAUACCUUUGUGGAGUGGGAAAUGGAGCGGAGGAAAAAGGAAGAGGAAACCAAAUGUGUGAUGUGUUUGGACACGGAGCGCCUGCGUGUGGAAGAACAGACUUAGCAGCAUCGAAGCAGCAGUGAGGAAAACAACCUGUUGCCCUUCAUGAAAUGUAAACUCUGGAUGUUUCUGGAAAUUACUGAGGCUCCAGAUUUUUCUACUUUACACCUUUUUCUGCCUUGUCUUUGAAAGGGCUCUAAAAUGCUGUAACAUGUUUUAGGCACUUUCUUAAUUUUGGUUAUUCCUUUUACUCUUGCCCUGAAAUAUUUGACCCUGGCUACAAGUUAAGUGUUUUGGGGUUGUUUGUUUGUUUGUUUGUUUUAAGACUUCCAAUUAGUAUAAGUAAGUCUGAUAUUUCUUGCACAAUGUAGAUCUUUUUAGUUAGGUUAAAUUAACAUUGCUAAAUUAUACAGUGCCAGAUUAAGUUUUUCAUACUACAUCUGUCAGGGCAGGUCUGUACUGUGUGUAGUGCUGUUUACAUUGUUGAAAUUUUAGGCUGUAAUAAUUUUAAGGUUUUAUACCAAGAUGAACAGCAGUGUUAACUGUUAAUAUAAAUGCAUUAAUCCCCUGGGUAAUAAGGCUCUAAAAACCAAGAUAAGCAACAGCUUUUUAUAAGAUGGCUAGUUCCAGUUUUAAGCUAACUCUUCGUGAAUGAGCCCAGAUCGUUCCCUUUUUUUUUUUUUUGGAGUUUCAAACUAAAUGUUGGGAUUGUUUUAUAAAAUUACUGUACCUGUCAGUCAACUGAGUAGAUGAUGAUUUGUAUCCAAAUCUCUUACACCUCACACAAUAGAAGAGCAGUACUACCUCAGUUUUAUUGAAAAUUGACUUCUUGAUGGACUUCCAUUUUCUCUGGAAGUUGUAUUUUUGUGGUUACAUGAGAAUAUUUUUACUUGACUAAAAGAACCAAAGGUUCUGCUUCUUAAAUUUGCUAAACAUUGACAGAAGCAACACAUAAACCCCAAGUCUUCAAGGAAAACUGUGGUAUAAUUCUGCUUUAAUUCGUUUGAUUUAUACCUAAAGUAUUAUCUUACUUGUCUGGCAAGCACAGUACUUCUCUGUAAGGAACUAUCUUUUGCAUUAAUAUUGACAAACCAGUUUUUUAAAACCUAUGUUUAAUUGCUAAAUUGCAGUUAAUACUCCACACUUGAUGGAGCAACAAUAUUGGCAUCUGAUGACAAAGUGAAUUCUUAAUGUAUUCUUGAUGACAAAAGUGUAGAUGAGUCAUUUUUAGACUGAUUUGAUAAUAUUUGGAUAGGAGUCAAUUUAUUAUUUUACAAUGCCUGUAUUGGGACUAUUUGCCUGUUGAAACUGUUGUGACUUAAAGGGAGUUUUAUUAACACUGGUUGAAACUUUUUUGGUUAUUGAUGCUACCUUUUUUAAUUUUAGUAUGUCGACUUUUUUACACCUUUUUGGUAAAAGGGAUGAUUGCCAAGGCUUUCUAUAGAGCUAAGUACUGGCUUAAUGAAUUUGUUACACUUCCAUUACACACCUUUUCUUUUCAGAGCUGCAUUUCAGGAUCAUAAAAUGGCUUCAAUUAAAAACAAAACAACAGGAAAAAAAACCCAACCCUGGACAGUCAUCCAUAGCAUCUAAUGGCUUUUGCUAUACAAGGGUUUUUAAAGCUAAAAGGAAGCAGAUUUUAAGAGGUGAGCUUGUCACUGGUCCAGGACAGCAUGCUUUGCACACCUGCUGUGCCCCAGAGGGGUUAGCAGAGAGAGGAGGAGGAUCUGCUUGAAUUUUGUCCCUGGUUUUGCUGCUGUGCAGCUUAUGCAAUAGCUUGGGUCUGAGAUCACAAAUCACUAACAAAAUGGAGGCAUUGGAAACUGUUUAAAACAAACCCACAAGGCAGAGAUAGCAUCUCUUUCAUAUAAUAAAAGGAGAGUUUGGUCCAUGCUGCUUUUGCAAGUGCUUGCUGGGAGAUGUGUUAAACUGUAGAAAACAAAUGUAAUUGUUCCAGAUGCAGGUGAGUCUGUCCCUGUGCAGAAGGAGAGCCCUGAACUUGCUGUGUAUAGGUAAAUAUACCCAAAGCUUUGUCCUCGAUACCGUGACCUUCCAAGCUACCAUGGCACAAGCACUGUUUGGCAGCAAAACCUUAUCCUGAUUUGAUGAGCAAAGCAGGUCAAAGCACUUGUGCUUGUAUAAUUGAAUUUAUGGUGAGAGUUUUGCUUGUGUUGUUAUUUUAAAAAGAGGAAAAAAAAAAAUUCCCCAACAGAGGCUGCUUUGUCAGCAAAAGUUCCAAAUGAAGACUGAUUUGAUAGUAAAUGAAGACUCUAUUUCUGUUUGAGACUCCUAAUUCAUUCAGCUAUUAAAUACUUUGCUCAUAACUUCAUUUUUUUUUUUUCCUAAAGGGAAUAAAAAAUGUCCAGAGUGUGAAAACUUAACUAAAUAUUCAAAUGGACAGCCAGUGCAUGCACAGAUCGUGGCAGUGGCUGCUACUGAUUUGUAUGCUAAAUGCAGCAGUUCUGAAGGAUGAGGGAUAGAGCUCUUCAAGGAAGGCUUUUAUCUGGUGGUCUGAAUGUGGAUUGCAGUAAGGAGACCAAUCUGCAGCCCUUCAAGGCUCAGCCAUUUUAGUGUAUCAAACAAAAUACAGCUGCUUUUUAAAGACAGUGGUGGUGAAUAGACAAGAAGGGGAAAAUCUGAUUUCCUGUUGGGGAAAGGGAAUUCUCAUACAUCCAGCUCUCAGUAGUUUAAGUCCUGUGCCCUCAGUAUGAGAGGAUGGCCUUGAUCUUGUUCUGCUGCUUUCAGCCCAGCAGGAGCAACUCCACCCUUUGGGUAGAAUACGUGCAAAAAUAGCCAAAUGAUCUAUCUAGGAAAGUACCGUUUAUUUUUAGCCUAACCAGUUUUUUAAUUACCAUUUACAGAAUGCAAGCCAGACAUGUAUCAGCUUUAAACUCCUGACCCAGGAGCUGAAGUUGCAACUCUUUGGCAGUGCUGAGAGAGGGCAUCAGACCUUCCCUUGGAUUGCCUGGUGAUUUUAUGAUCCUAAAGAAUAGACCGUGCUCUGUAUGCUGUUGUUCCUGGGGGGAGUGGGGCUUUGUACAUGGUUCUGAGAAGUUUUUAACAAUAUUGGAGACGCUGAAGAUAUACUUGUUUAAUGGUUAAACUGUGAAUAUCUGUGGAACAGGCCAAAUACAUUAACUUUUCAUUUCUAUUUAAUUUUAAUCUUCAUUGUGUAGGGCACAGGGCUGUAGUAAGCAGUGAUGCUGAUGAAAUCCUCAAAAUGGUUGCAUCUAUUUUAAGGUUGUUUUUUUCAUUAGAAAGCUCAAUGCAUCUACCGAAUUUGGUGCAACUUGGGAUAAAUAACUAUAGCUAACUAAGUACAGAUAGUUUUAGUAAUAUAAUGGAAAACUGGUCUGACAUCCACACACUGGCAUUUUAUGGCCUUCCCUUAUAUACAUAGAAAUACAACUUCUGUAAACUAUGCUCCUGAGUAAUGAAACACUGACCACCUGCCCCAUAUUAUAGUUUGCAACAACACCUUUAAAAUUUGGCUCCCAGAUCAACUGGAGGCUCAGUUGUGCUAGGUCUUACUUGUGUGGGUGUAUUUCUGAGGUUAAAUACUGUUUAUUGAUUCAAGUAAGGAUUUGAAAGAUUCUGCCCAUAGCUGGCCAUGGGACAUGACUGAGGAACUGAAAUAGAACACUGAAUUGUGAGCUUACUUGCUGCUGGUGCUGUUCUAUGUGGAGAAUUAGAGUUUUUAAAUACUGUGCAAUCAGAAUGAAAGAACCACAGGAAAAGUAAGUUAAAGUGUGGCAGGUGGUAUCAACUCAGCUGAAGUUUGUGGCAGUUCAGUCUGUCCCAGGGUGGGCACUGGCCUCCCCAGGCUGGUGUGGCAGAUCUGCUCAUGGAUCAGCCUCUGAACCACUGCAGCUUUUCAGCCAAGCACGUUUAAGAGCAUGAAAGGAGGGACCCUGCUCUGCUGGCAAGAGAGUGACACAGAGUUGGUCACACAUACAUGCAGCCCCUCUUCCCCAGAGCAGGGUGACUGCCAGGUGGGGUUCAGGGUGCUGCAGGCAGCUGCAGCUUUGCCUCUGUGACUUGGGUUUCACUCCUUGCACAUCUGUCAGCCUGAAGAAUCCAUGGAUCCCAGGACAGGUCCUAGCCUGUCCCCUCUGGUUCCCAGACAUGGCUAUGCACUGACCAGCAACCAUAGUAUUUUCAUGACAUUGUCAACAUAAGCAUCUUCCUUGCCCUUCUAAGAUUUGUUUCCAAAAAAACCCCCAGCAAAGUUACAGAAACACCAUGUAGUUCACAGCCACCUCAGUCAUGAUGUAAUCUGUUGGCUGAGGUUACAUCAUUCCCAUUCAUUGGAAAAUAAUAGUUUUUGUGAGCUUCUGGGACCUGCAGCCUUGUGUUUGGCAGUGUGAUCUUUUUUUAGAAGAUCCUUGGGCACCCAGUUCUUCCCCUGGGCUCACUUUGCUUGAAAUGUGUGCAUUUGAACUUAGCCUUUCAUACUAAAAAGGAAGAUGCUUAAUCUGAAACUCGAAAUUCUUCAGGGUACUGUUUCAAUAUACAGCUAAAUAUAACUAUUUUUUUCAAUUAAGUAUUGAAAACUGCUUAAAUUCAAUUGUGUGCAAACAAAACCAGCAGUGUUAAAAUCUUCUCUGGACUAUUGAAGAUGGAAUCUUUUUUUUUUGUCAACUGAAGUGAAAUACGUGGAACUGUAGGACUGAAGGCUGUAACUCCUUCACCAGGAAGUACACAGGUACCUCUACCUCUUGUUCUUAGACUUGAAUAGUUUAAGGUUACCAUCCUUCCAGGAUUUUAUGCCUGGAUGAGUAAUCUGUUUUUUUAAAUUGACCCAACUUAAGUAUUAUCUCUUUGUCAUAUUUUUGGGUAUAUUACUUUUAGUCUGCAUGCAGUUGACCCUUUGAAAGGAGCAAAGCUGCAAACAGAAGUGUGGGUGCUAGUUUUGGAGUGCAAUAGAGUGACUGACUGGAGCUGCAUUGCAUGUGGCUCAGGGGCUUUUGUCACCACGCAUCCUCUUCCCUGGUCAGGCUACCUCUGCUGACAGUAAGUUGAAGAUGGAGUAGGUGCUCCCUGGGAGAGAGCCAUUAGGCUUUUCAUUUCCCCUUGAAAAACUUCAGGAACCCACCUGAUGCAGUGCCAUGAGUGUGUUUUGAUGAAAAAUACUGUAUUUUGUUCCAUGCUGGACUGUACCUGUAACACCCAGCAAAGAUGGGAGCUGCAGAAGUGUAAAGGCCACACAUCCUUUUCCUCCCUGAGGUCAGAAUCUUGCUCAGGAUAAAACCCUUAAGGUUGAGCAAAGCUGGAGCACUCUCAAGUGUAUUGACAAUGCCAGAGUGGCUUCAGUGCUCAUUGUGUUCAUUAAUGGACUUGGGUGGCAUCUCUUUUUCAUGCAGCACAUCUGUGUCUCUUGCUUUCCUUCCCCAAAGAAAACCACAACAGAAUUACUCAUUGCAAACCCCGAAUAGACAUUAUGCAGUAGCAACUGUUGCUACAAGAUUCUUCUUCCAGUUUGAGGGCUGCUUUUGGGGUGUGACCUCUUGCAUUAUCUGUACAGGCACAUAUUUCAAGAGAGCAGGGACUGUGUGAGAUGAUGUGUAAAAGGACCAUGAACAUACUAGUCCUGCUAACAGCUUGCCUUAAAUCACUGAUGCUACAGUGGUUCCUCACUACUGCUGCAGUCCUUUCUAUAGUUAGGUUUUAAAAUCUGACAGGUGCUGGAGGUUGUACAAUUUUAUUUUAAAAAAGCUUUUAUCUUGGCUUAAUUGCACUCUUCAGAUAAGCCCUUUUUGGAUAACAUCAUUUCACACAGAGACAAAAAUAUCAUCCAUCGCUGAUGUUCUUGAUGGAAAGUUGUGGGGGCUUCCCACCUCCCUUCCCUCCCCCCCGUAAAUUAUAUUUGGACUAAAGGUUGCCUGCUGUUGAAUCAGUGUUUUACUUGAAUGUUGCCAUUUUAUGCAGUUACAACUACUGCCUUGUGCUCUUCUCUGGGCCCAUGAAAGGGGAGAUCGUGUGGCCAGGGGUGACAACCCCACAGGAUCAGUGGAGCUGAAGACUGGCUGCUGUUCUUAUACUCCCACAUGUAUUCCAUGUUAGAGGAUGUCACAGAAUACUGCUUAGUAUUUUGAAGUGGUGACUUUUUAAGUCACGCUAAACAUAGUUACCUAUCUUAAAAAUACGCUUGUUUUCUGGUCUGUAUGUUUAAACCAGUCUUUCAAAAAGGAGAUGGUCUGGCAGGAGUGGCUAGAGGGACUUGUGCUGUUAAUUGUUGAUUUACCUGAGGUCCAAGAAACACGGAUGCAAGUGACAGGGUUUGGUCCUGACCCAGCACUGCUGGGGCUUGUACUGGCUGGUCUUGAAGCCAUCACAAGUCCUUGACAGGCUGCCUGGAGGAGAAGGGGCAGCCUGGGAGAACUAGUUGUUGUGGCUGGAUUUCUUGGUGUACUUGAUUGUGGAGCUCAGCCCCAAUUUAGCCUCAAGUCACCCAUUGUGGAAGGAGUGCAUUUCGGUGGUGUUUGGUCCCAGAGAAGUGACCAGUUCUAACUAAGGAGAGAACCUGAGAGAGCAGACCUUGCAUGGCUUCACUGCAUGGCAUGUGAAUACAAGGAGGUGGUUGUGCUCUCACUUCCUCAGCUCACUAGGAGGGUGGGCAGGAUUACAUCUCCUGAGCUUCCUGUCAGGAGUGGUUUUUGCAUUUUCAGACUUACCCACGAGAUAACCACCUAUGAGCCACUUUUCUUGCUCUGGGAAAUGAUGAAUGUAUUGUGUGUCAUGGAGCAGAUCUGUGCUGCCCCUUUCAGACAGCAGGAUCAGAAGUGCUGUGUAAAUGUAAUGCUUGAAACUGGCUGGAGUAAAUUCUGUUUCAUGUAGGAUCUUUUUUUUAAAGGUUUAUGGCUAAAUUUGAAACAGUGACCUAGAGGAAAAGUGGGAGAAGAUGAUGCAUUUACUGAGUCCUGUUUUGUUUGUAGCUUUUAUUAUUAUAUCAAAUUUUGCUCACUGUUGUUGUCUGGAACAGAAUGGAAACAGCAUCUUCUAGAAUGUGCAAUCUAAGGCACAAUGCAAAAUGGGUUGUAACGAGGUUGUCUUUACUUGAUAGCAAUCCUGAGUGCAAUGUUUUUUGUCAUGUCCCUUUUGGAAGAAGCAUUAAGUGCAGUCUGAGCUUUUUCUUAAAAGCAAAGCAUUGGUUUGUCCAUUACUGACUUCUUGUGAAAUUUGUGCCAGAUGUAUAUUAAAUAUUUUGGUGCUUUUUCUAA